UCUGAUGGGGACUCCUUUGUAGGUGACUGUCCCCUUAGCUCUUGCUGCUUCUAGGAUUCUCUCCUUCAUUUUAAUUUUGGCUAAUGUAAUGAUGAUGUGCCUUGGUGUGUUCCUUCUUGGGUCCAAAUUCUUUGGGACUCUCUGAGCUUCCUGGAUUUCCUGGAAGUCUAUUUCCUUUGCCAGAUUGGGGAAAUUCUCCUUUAUUAUUUGUUCCAAUAAGUUUUCCACUGGUGGCUGUGCCUUUCCCCCUUCUGGUACCCCUAUAAUUCGGAUGUUGGAGCAUUUAAAGAUGUCCUGGAGAUUCCUAAGACUCUCCUCAUUUCUUUGAAUUCUUGCUUCUUGACUCUUUUCUGUUUGGCCAUUAUUUGCUUUCUUCUGGUCCACUCUUUUGAUCUGAGUCCCAGUUUCCUUUUCAUCGCUAUUGGUGUCCUGUGCAAUUCCAUUCAUUUCAGUUAGUUUCGCCUUCAUAUAUUUGUCUAAUUUGUGGCUAUAAUCAACCAGUUCUGUGAGGAUCCUGAUGACCAGUGUUUUAAACUGUGUGUCUGAGAGUUUUGCUAUUUCUUCAUCGUUUAGAUUUAUAGGCUCUGGGGCUUUGAGAUCUUCUUGAGCCAUUUUUGGUCUGUUCGUGCCCUUUAAGUGUGAGAAGCGGCGCCUUGGAUUCCCAGGUUGCUGGGUUGUGACGCUGUAUGUGGGGGCGUGGUCAGAGCGGGGAAAUGGCGGCCCCCUCUGCUGUUUCUCACAGCUGGGUGAGGAGCAGAGGCUUAGGUGGUUCACCUGGGCCGGGCCACUCAGAGUCGCUGGGUUAUGACGCUGUUUGUGGAGGUGGGGUCAGAGCAGGGAAAUGGCGGCACCCUCCCUGCUGCUUGCGGACCGGCUGGGUCCCGGUCCAAUUGCCCACUCUGUCGCUUGUCUAUCCGCGCACCAAUGCGCGACCACAGUCAACCCGCAGCCCCGCUCCCCCGCUGCCUCCCCGCUGCUGCUCGCUUGGUCGCUUGCUCGGUCGCUCACUAGGUCCAACCCUGCGUCUGGAUUCCGCACCUGAGUCCGGCUGACCGAGACCUCCUGUGCAACCCCACUCCACCAGCCGCUGGUUUCGCCCCUCCUACCGGUCAGGCUGAAGAAUUUGUUGUUAACAGACUUCCGAAAAGUUCAAUUUUCUGUGUUCUGGCUGUGUUUUCUGUUGCUAAUAUUUAGUUGUCUCUAAACUUGGUUGUGUGAGAAGGCAUGGCUUAUCCACCUAUGCCUCCAUCUUGGCGGAAGUCCGUUUGUCUUUCAUUAAUUUUGUGAAAUUACCAAUUAUUAUUACUUGAAAUAUUUUCUCUCUUCCUUGCUCUCUGUCUUCUGAUAUUUUCAUUAUGCAUACGGUUCGUCUUUUGUUGGUCCCAGAGGUCUUGGGUAUUCUGUUCGCUUGCAUUCAUCUUCCUCUUUGCAUUUCCGUUUUGGAAGUUUCUAUUUAUGUAUCCUCAAGCUCAUUGAUUCUGUCCUUGUCCAUGUCCAAUCUACUGGUGAACCCAUCAAGAACAUUCUCUUUUUUUUUAAUGCCCUGACUGGUAUGGCUCAGUGGAUUGAGUGCCCAUCUAUGAGCCAGAAGGUCACCAGUUUGAUUCCUAGUCAGGGCACAUGCCUGGGUUUCGGACCAGGUCCCCAGUUGGAGGUGUACGAGAGCCAACCAGUCUCAUACUUCCUUUUCAUUCUUAGAGUUUCCAUGUCUCUGCUUACAUACCCAUCUGUUAAUUCAUGUUGUCCACUUUUUCCGUUAUAGCCAUUAGCAUAUUAAUGUUUUAAAUUUCAUCUCUGCCACAUCUGAGUCUUGGUCUGAUGCCUGCUCUGUCUAGUCAAACUGUAUGUUUCUUGUCUUUUACUAUGUUCUGUAAAUUUUGGCUGAAAGUCGGACAUCAUGCCCUGGCCGGUGUAGCUCAGUGGAUUGAGCACUGGCCUGUGAACUGAAAGGUUCCAGUUCAAUUCCCAGUCAGGGCACAUGCCUCGGUUGCUGGCCAGGUCUCCAGUUGGGGGUGCACGAGAGGCAACUGAUCGAUGUUUCUCUAGCACAUUGAUGUUUCUUUCCCUCUCUUUCUCCUUCCCUCCCCCUUUCUCUCUAAAAAACCAAAAUACAUACUUAAAAAAUUUUAAAUUAAAUAAAUAGAAAAUAAAAUAUUUUUAAAAAUAAGAGAAAGUGGGGCAUGAUGUAGUGGAUAGAAGGACCUGAGGUGAACAGGCUUUUGGUGUGGAGUUGUUUGUCUGAGUGGGGCUCAGUUCAUGUUCACUGUUUGCUAAAGUCGUGGGUGUCGGAGGCACAAUGUUCUCUUACACCUGUUUUUUGUCUUCCCUGUUAUCUUAGGUUUUACUAUAGGCUUAUUUUUAAAUUAAGGCUGAGAGAAGUUCUUUCACUGUGUUUUCCUUUUUUUAUACAGAACCCCUGUUGACGUGGUGGAGAGAGAGGGAAGGUGGGCUGGGCUGGAUUUGGGUAUUUCCCUUCCUCCAAGUGAGUUGGGCUCUGCGAAAUCCCAGUCAGUUCAGCUCCAGGGGUGUCUGGGUGGGGAGGACGGCGAGGCCUAGUAAAGAACAGCAUGUCGUGUGCCUCUUUCAGAAUGGCUGCUUCCCUCUCCUUGUGCUGGGACCACAAGGAGGUUUGUCUCCAUUCUUCCCUGUGAGAACACCGUAGGGCUCCUGGAAGCUAAACUCACAAAAGUGUGAGGACCUCGUAAGAGCGGGCCCUCCCCUUGGAUUUGGGAACUCCCGCAGUGAGCCACUCCAGCCCCUCACCAAGGACAGCCCAGGCUUUCCCGCUGGCUCCAGUGAGCUGUGGCGGUGGCCGCCCGUCUCGCCAGCUGUGGGGCCGUCGUUUGCCCUGUGACCUCAGUCCUCUGGUGGGUCUGAGAGUUACUGAUUUUUGGUUUGUUCAGCUCUUUUCUUUUUGUGUUGAUGGGAGUGACAACUUCAAAGUUCCUUACAUGCCAGACCAAGAAACCAAAAGUCCAGAUAUGUCUUUAGUUCUAGGAUAUCCUUUAAAAAAAACUCUUGACUGUUGAGACUCAGUUGGUUGGUCAUUGUCCUGCAAGGCAAAAGGUCACUGGUUCGAUUCCUGGUUAGGGCACAUGCCUGGGUUGCAGGUUCAUUCCCUGAGAAUCAACUGAUGGAUGUUUCUCUCCCUCUCUUUCUCCCUUCCCCUCAUUUAAAUAAAAUAAAUAAAUAAAUAAAUAAGUGAAAUCUUUAGAAAUAUAUAUGCAUAUAUAUACUCUCCCUAUUAUUUUGAAAAAUUCCCAGUGGUUUGUCACUGUAGCCUUUUUUUUCUGUAGCUUAAUUUAUUUUUAGAGGGGAAGAGAGGGAGACAAGCAUCACUGUGUGGUGGCCUCUCAGGCAUCCCAUACUGGGGGACCUGGCCUGCAGCCCAGGCACGUGCUCCGACUGGGACUCGAACCAACCAUUCUUUGAUUUGCAGACCUGCAUUCAAUCCCCUGAGCCACACCAGCCAGGGCAGCUUUUUAAAUAUAUUUGUUAUAAAGCAGUUUUCUGUUAAUACUAUUAUCUAGAAUUAUUUGUGGAUCUUUCUAUUGAUUGAAUCUGAUUUUUUUUCUCUUGACUCAAUUACAUUUGUCUGUUUCUCUGCAUGUCUGGUGUUUUUCUGGUAUUUCAGACGUCGUGGAUAAUGUGCCAUAGAAACCCUGGGUUCUGGUGUAAUUCUCUGAAAAGUGUCAUCGUCGUUCCAUGUUGUGUUUUCCUCUCGUUGGAGCUGAAUUACUAGGAGACCACCAUGACCCUGCGGAGGCUUGGCUUUCAAUUUUAUCCGGGCGGAUAUACUUCGAUUUUUCCCACAGUCUUGGUGCAAAUCCUUAUUUCUAAAAUAUGGUCUUUAUUCCCAAGCUAAGGCCCUUUUAGGGUUAAAUGGAAAACUAGGUGUUUACCAAGUCUUUCCUGGAGUUGCCAGAAAAUGAAUCUUCUCAGUUCUAGGCCCUUUCAGCUUUGUCUUUUCCUGGGAUCCUCGGGUUUUCCCCACACGUGUGCGGUUCGUGCCAGCCGUCCAUCGGAAGGGAGUUGUAGCUUCCCACUUCUCAGCCGCUGAGAAUCCGAACUACCCAGCAUCGCUCCUCAGUGAUCAACGGCGGCAAGCUCAUCCUCUGCCUCCUGUUAGCCAAUAAGACUAUAACAGCUUCUGGCUGAGUGGAGAGAGCCCUCAGAGGAUUUUAAAGAUUUUAUUUAUUUAUUUUUAGAGAUGGGGAAGAGAGGGAGAGAGACAUUGAUGUGAAACAAAUACAUCGAUCAGUUGCCUCUUGCAUGCUCCCUGCCCCAACCAGGGAAUCAGCCCGCAACCCAGGCAUUUGCCCUGACUGGGAUUUGAACCCAUGACCUUUAGGUUAUCAGGCUGGCAUUCAAUCCACGGAGCCAUACCAGCCAGGGCCCUCAAGGGAUUUUAAGAUGCCUCCCCUCCAGUUUCCACCUGCUUUUUGUCCUUCACCAGUGCCUCAGACCUAGCUGUCUCAUAUAUUUUGUCCACAUUUCAUAAUGCAUGGGGGUUCUGCAGUUAUUGGAAGUGGAAACUAUCUUUUGACUUUUGAACCUAUAAUUGAAUCAUUUGUUCAAAAAGUAAACCAUUAAAGCACAACAAGCGGACAAAUUAAAUAUUAAGGCUUUCUGUAAAGGAGCCGAUUUUUUGACAAUUAAGCCAGAGGAUUCCUUUUAAGUGACGUGAGACUCGUCUGGGCUCCACCCGCACACCACGCCCCCCGCCAUCCAGACCCCGCCCCAUUCACGCCCUAGGUCGCGCCUGUUUCCAUGGCGACGCGGCACUAGGCCGGCCUGCCGGGCCACCCAGUGGACACGCAGUGGCAGCAGCUACGGAGAUAUGAGUUUGGUAGGGGUGGUGGCCGGGCAGCGGCCCCCCAGCUCGGGGAUCCCGAGCUCCUGGGGGGCGUCGCGUCCGCGCCAACGCCAGCCCCCAGCCCUCCAGCACCCGGGGCAACACAACGUGCAGGUCGGACUCAGCGAGGCGCAGAAGCGGGUGCUGGACCUAGAGAAGAGCCUGCAGUUCUUGCAGCAGCAGCACUCAGAGACUCUGGUCAAACUUCACGAGGAGAUUGACCACCUGAAGCGGGAUAACAAGGAGCUCCAUUACAAGCUGAUAAUGAACCAGAAACAACAGAAGAAAGGCAGCACCUCCAGUUCCAGCUUUCAGUCCAGCAAGCCCACCUCAAAUUCAGCGGUGUCAGCCAACCCUCAAGGCAAGGCCAGGCCACAGCCCAGCUCAAAGAAGCAGGACUGGAAAGCUGAGGUUCCCCAGAAGACAGACCUGGAGGAGAAGAGUUCGGCUGCUGCCCUGCUUCGCAGUGGCAAGGCGGACAAGCCCACGGGGACACAGGGGCUGGCCAAAGAUGAAGAAGCGAAGACCUUCAAUCUGGAGGCCACCGUUGCGGCGGGCAGCCAGCACAAGGGCAAGCAGGUGAUGGGGGCGCACCCCCUGAUGAGCCUGCCCCCCCAUUUGCGCAAACCCACCUCGAUUCAGCAGUGCGAGGUCAUCAUCCGCCAGCUGUGGAACGCCAACCUCCUGCAGGCCCAAGAGUUGCAGCAUCUCAGGUCUCUCCUGGAAGGGACCCAGAGGUCAUCUCAGGUGACACCUGAGGAUCCUGGCCCGAAAUCCACGGACCAGGAAUCCUCGCAGCUCCCCAAGGUCCCCGCCAAGGGUGUCUCUAAGAAAUGCCUGAUCCUGAGCCCGAUGCCCGGGACGGAGCGCGCCAUCCUGCCGGCACUGAAGCAGACCCUGAAGAAUAACUUCGCCGAACGGCAGAAGAGGCUGCAGGUGGUGCAGAACCGACGGCUGCACCGCUCCAUGCUCUGAGUGCCCUCGUGCGGUCCUCACGGCGGUCCACAGCCGGGCCUGGGCCACAGCUGGAGACACCGACCCUCUCCAGGUAGCAUUCCCAAAGCAUUCUAGUGCCACAUAAACCAAACUGACCGCAGACAGAGUCCUUGGUCUCAGGACUGAGAAACUGUUUAUUUUCUUGCUUGGUAUUUUGCUAUUCUGCUUUACACAAAAUCGUGUUGAAAGUAUUACCCCACCUGUAGAAGACAAAAUAAAGCCUGU